GAAUCAUCAACCCACAAACAACAUUAUUCUAAUGGCUUCUUUGGAAGAAACAUCGGCCUUGGAACUCAUCAGCCAACACCUCCUCUCUGAUUUUGCUCACCCCCAUAAGUCUUCUCUCAGCCAACGCCGUCCUUCUCUCAACGUCACCAUCCCUCCGCCCACACAGGUUAACGUGGCUGCUGACAAGAAAAGGCAGCACUACAGGGGUGUGAGGAGACGGCCGCGGGGCAAGUUCGCCGCUGAAAUCAGAGACCCUAACAGAAAAGGCUCCAGGCUUUGGCUUGGAACUUUCGACACCGCCCUUGAAGCUGCUAAAGCUUAUGAUAGAGCUGCUUUUAAGCUGCGUGGAAGCAAGGCCAUUUUGAACUUCCCUCUCGAAGCAGGCGAAUCGAACUCGACUCAGUCUGAAUCAACUGAUGACUCGUUCUCUAAGAAAACAAAAAGAGAGGAAUACGGAGAGAAGAGCGUGGAGGGUAAAGCAGUGAAGAUAGAAGAGGUGACGGAGAUGGAGACGGGAAGUGUGACGACGUCAGCGGUAUGUUUAACGCCGUCAAAUUGGAAUGGGGUUUGGGAUUGUGUAGAUAUGAUCAUACCUCCGUUAUCACCUUUGUCUCCGUUUGGGUAUGGACUAACCGUUAUCUAGCCGUUACUACAUCGCGAUAGACAUGCUGACGUGGCUGGUUGAAUUAUCCACCGUAUACAUGAAGAGGAGUGUAGGGUUCAAAAGCACUGCUGAAACCUAAUCUUUUUUGUUGAAUUAAAAAUUGUUGUAUUUGUUUCUCUAUUCGUUUAUUUAAUGAAAUUAUUAUGUUUUGAUUUCAAAAA